UCCCAUUGCUGGUGGAGGGCGAGCCCGCACCAAGGCCUGCCCUUACAGCCCACUUCAGCUUCACGAGGGGCGGCCGGCUCCCCGGUGGCCGGGGGAGCUGUGCCUUGGAGAUGCCCCUGAGGGAGAUGCCCCAGCCUGGGGCUGGGUGUUGAACCUAAGUCAGACUGGGAGGCAGGGCUGGGCGGAGGGCUCGGGCUUCCUCCUCGCGCCUGUAACAACACGUUCCUUCGGCCUGGCUGCGCUGCUCGCUUGUCGUUGGGAGCCCGCCUGCGGCCCAGGAGCCGGAUUUCCGAUCUGUAAACGCGGGGCGUGUGUCCCAGGGGCUGUGGGCGAGCGAGGGGGCCGCGAGCCGGCUGCACAGGUCCUGCAGCCUCAGGCCUCCUGGUUGCCCAACAGGCGGCUGGGGGUGAGCCGUGGCCACAGAUUAAAGGCCGCUCGGAGCAGCCUGCGUGGAGACAGGUGCCCAACAGCCCAGAAGCCGAGCAGCGCCCCCUCCCGGUUUUGUGCCUCUUGUUUGGGCAGCUGUAGGCUUCACUGUCCCUGUGAAAGCAUCACCAUGUCCAAGGGACCCCGGGCUGAGACCUUCGUCCUCUUGGACCUGGAAGCCACUGGGCUCCCCAGUGUGGACCCCGAGAUCGCCGAGAUUUCCCUGUUUGCCGUCCACCGCUCCUCGCUGGAGAACCCCGAGCGCGAUGAGUCUGACGCCCCGGUGCUGCCCCAGGUCCCGGACAAGCUCACGCUCUGCACGAGCCCGGAGCGCCCCUUCACUGCCAAGGCCAGCGAGAUCACCGGCCCGAGUGAGGGCCUGGCCAGGUGCCAGAAGGCCGGCUUUGACGGUGCUGUGGUGCAGACGCCGCAGGCCUUCCUGAGCCACCAGGAGGGCCCCUUGUGCCUCGUGACCCACAACGGCUUCGAUUAUGACUUCCCCCUGCCGUGCACGGACUGCCUGGAUACGCUGCCGGCGCCGCGGGGCCUGGACCGUGCCCACAGCCAUGGCACCCGGGCCCAGGGCGGCAAGGGUUACAGCCUGGGCAGCCUCUUCCGCCGCUACUUCCAGGCGGAGCAGGGCCACGUGCAUACCCGGCUCAUGGUCUUCCUGCACCGCGCCGCCGAGCUGCUCGCCUGGGCUGACGAGCAUGCCCUUAGCUGGGCCCGUGUCGAGCCCAUGUACGUGCCGCCCGACGGCUCGAGUCUCAAGGCCUGAGCCAGGGGCUCGGUAACGCUGCUGCCCAGGGUGACGAGGCCCACUCCCUGCAGCAGGGCAGUGCCAGCCUCCACCGUUCGGCCGGGCCGUGUGGCCUGGAGCUGGACCCGGGCCAGUGCCUUGCUGCCCCUCCUGGCAGGCCUGUGCACCUGCCAGGCUUUCCCCUGGCCCUGGCCUAACCUGCCCCGCAGCCCUAGAGCCUUCUCCCGGCCCUCCCCCGGCCCGUGCUCCGGUGGAGGUUGCUGCCGCUGGCGCCCACCCUCCACCCCGUCUUUCAAUAAACAUUGACAACUGCUUACCGGCUGGCUGUCGCUUGCUCUCCUCCCUACACCCUGCCCGGAGUGGGCCAAGAGGGAGCCAGGCCAGGGGCACGAGCAGAGCACCCCGGGGCUGCCCCCUGGUGGUCUAUCUCUGCGAGACCUAGGAAAUCAGCAAGCAGGACCUAAGGCACAUCAGUGUGGCCCGAAUCGGUGUCGAGG